CAAACACUUCACUUUGAACUAAGUUUCUAUUAUCGAUCUAACUUGUUUUGAAACCAUAAUAAUGUCUCUGAUUUCUCAAAUGCUUGGCGAUGAUGAAACCUUAGACCCUUUUCUGUCCAUGAUGAACAGGUGCCCCGUCCUAAGCACCCCAACAGAUUGGAAGGAGACAAAAGACGCGCAUGUUUUUCUUUCAGAUCUUCCCGGUCUCAAGAAGGACGAGGUCAAGGUGGAGGUCGAUGGAAGGGUGCUUCAGAUAAGUGGUGAUAGGCAUGCGGAUGACGACGAUGACGAAGACAAGAACAAGAAGAUGAUAAAGUGGCACCGCGUUGAGCGGUGCCGCGGGAAGUUCCAGAGAAGGUUUAGGCUCCCGGAAAAUGCUAAGGUUGAGCAGGUUAAAGCUCACAUUGAGAAUGGUGUGCUUGUUGUUACUGUCCCUAAGCAAGAGCUCAAGAAACCAAACACCAAACUGGUUCAGAUUCAGGGAAAUUGAUUCCGUAAAUUUUGGAUAUGAAUUGCAGUACAAGUCAAUGUUCCAAGAAAUAAAUUGUAUCUUUGUUUUCUUUGUAAAAUAAAUAACGACUAUGCUAUGUCCAAGUAUAUAUUAAAAUUAGUUACUAGAGUUAA